AUGUCCAACAUAGAUGACUUUGAAUUUACUGGUAACUUAGGCUAUAACGGUUUAGACGUUACGCUAAACUAUUUCACAAAUCAACCAGAUAUCACCAAAAUCACGAAUCCAGAUUUAAUUGUUAUUUUCAAAUCAUUAAGUAAAAAAGAUCCAAAGACCAAGGAAAAAGCUCUUCAAGAGUUAUUAUCAUUCAUUAAAGAUCAAGAUCCAAAAAUAUUUGAUGAUCCAAUUUUACAAUGUUGGGUUCAAUUGUAUCCCAAAAUAUCUAUAGAUAAUUCCAAGACAGUGAGAUCAUUAACUCAUCAAAUACAAGGUUCCCUUCUACAAUCAAUAGGUAGUAAAAAUUAUGGGAAAUAUUUAAAAACAACCAUUCCGAUAUGGUUAAUGGGAAUUUUUGAUCCAGAUAAAUCAGUAUCAAAUAUAGCUAGUUCAAAAUUAUUAGAAAAUUUUCAAGGUGAUCAAAGUAAAAUUGAUAAAAUUUGGGAAAUUUUUGAAGAUCAAAUUUUAAAUUUAGUUGGAACAAUUAUAAAUGUUGAACAACCUGAAACAAUAUCUGAUCCAAGGUAUACUAAUGAAUCAGAAGUUCAAAUUAAAUAUGAUCGAGUUUUAAAUAUUGCUUUGCAAAUUUUAUUAAAAUUAAUAAAAAAUUCAUCGAAAAAGACUUUAGAAAUCAAUACAAUUAUAGAACUGGACUCAAUUUGGCAAAGUUUGACAACCAGUGUGGAAGAGGAAACUAUGAAUUUAGGAUUAUUUAAAACUAUUUUGAUCUUAAUUUUAAGAAUAUUUAACAAUGAAAAAGUCGAAUUUGAUACGAAGUCGAUAUACAAACCUAUCGGCAAAUCAAUUUUGAAAAUUAAAUUUAGCAAACAGAAACCUGCUUUGAUUUACUCAUCAGUUAUAAUCCCAUUUUGGGAAGUGCUACUAAAUCUAACCCGUUUUGCAAUAAUUAAUAAAGAGAAGAAAAACUUUUGGGAGUAUAGUAGUAAAAGUCCACUGAGACUUAAGAGUUAUUUUGAAUUAGGUUGCUGUGAUCUGGAUCCCAAGUAUUUUGAAAUACUAUUUUCAUUAUUCAGAGAGAUAAGAGAUAACAAUAUUGAUGUUGUCACCUUUUCGAGUGAAAAAGAUUCUGAUUUUUAUAUCAACAACUUGUUAAUUCAAUACGAAAAGAUUCGUGAUAGUUUUAAACCGGGAUGUUUAAAGUGUUUACUAAAGUUUAUAUCAUUAUUUGAUUCUGAUGAAUUGCCGAAAGUAUUAGAGAAGGUGAUAGACAAUUUGAGUCGAAUAAGAAAUAAAUUAACUAGAAAUGAUAUUCAAAAUCAAAUUUGCGAUUAUGAAAAUUCAGAUAAAUUAUCUUCUGCCUUUGAAACAUUAAAUAAAGUCAUACAAACAUCUCCUGAUAAAUACACUGAAACUUUCAUAUCAAAUUAUUUUCAAAUUUUAAAAACUUCUGGAUUUGAAGAAAACAUUGAAGAUUUGAUUGAAGUUACAAUUACGAAAUGGGAGGAUAAGCAAAUAGAAGAUCCAAUAAUGUUGAACUACACAUUACCUUAUGUUGAGGUAAUGAAAAAAUUUGCACCAAGAAUGAAGGACGUUACAUACAAAAUAGUCAAUAAUGUGAAAGGUCAAAGUCUGUUUGACUUAAUCAAUACCAUCAAUAAGGAAAAUUUGUUACAACCACAAGACUUAUCAGAUUUGAUAAAUGAUGUCUAUGAUCAAUUUACGAUUAAUGAUGACAAAGAUUUCUUUUUGUCCAAAGUAGAAGUUGAUAUAGACGAGAGGAAAUAUCCAAAUAUUUACAAAUAUAUCCAAAACAAAUCUACCACUGAUACUCUUGAUCCAUCAUAUUUAAACAAAUUAAUAGAGAAAAGUGACACAAAAGCUUUGGAAUCAAUAAUAGAACAUCUCGACCUUGAUUCAUCAUUCGUUUUUAUGAAUACAAUCUCGAAUCAUUUGUCGCUCAUAAUUGACUUAAAUAUAGAUCAAAUUUUGCACACAGCUUGGAGCAACGUUGAUGAACUGAAACAAUUUUUAAAUUCACUAAAAGAAGACUAUCAAGAGAUUUAUUUUGAUUCAAUGAUUCGAUACUUGAGUUCAUGCUCCAUUCAAACCAAAUUGGAUUCUUUGGUUAAUUUUGUUAGAGAUGAUCUGUUACCAAUCGAUUUAAUAUUUGACACCUUCGGUUCAUCAAUAAAUAAUUUAUCACCUUUCGAAAUUGCGAUAUCCAACCCGUUAGACCUGGCUAUAUACUUAAGUGAUUACGGAUCGAAACCUUUGGUAGAGAUCAUACCCAUUUUAACUAAGUUUUUAUUCAAAGUGAAUAGCAACAAUGAGAAAUUACAAACAUUGAUGAUGGUUGGAAAGGAAUAUAUAAAAGAUUUUUUAUUUAUACAAAAUUUAAGUGAUGAAGUCGAAAAAGACUUACAAGAAAUUUUAAGUUCAUCACAUGAGGUACCAUUAGACAUCAUAUUGGGAGACAAAAAUCAACUUGUUGAAUUAACUGAUGGUAAUAGUCUUAUGGCAUUUUAUGCUGCACGAGUUCUAACCGAACAAGUCGAAAAUCAAACGGAGAGUAUGAGUUUAUCACAAUUCGAACUGACCACCAUCAAUUUGAACCAAUUGGUCAAGACGCCUUUCAAAUUUAUUGCUGUCAUCAACGGGUUUAAAAAAUUCAUACAUUCGAAAUUGUUUGAUCGUAUUAGAAAUUACGUCUUCUCCGAAAUUUUGGUUGUUAAAAAAGAAGAAGAUAUCUUGACAUUAGGCUUGAAAUGGAUUACAAUGAUUAUUCCGUUUAUGUCGAAUGACCAUAUUACUGAAGCUGAUAUCUUUCCAGUUGUUAAAUUAUCAAUGGUUUUGAAACAAAUCGAUAGUUGGUUUGACUCAUCAAUUUCGUACGAUGCUGCAUUUAUUGACAUGAGAAUUCAGGCAUUAAAGUUUUUAGCUCUUUUACCAAAUGUUCAGCGAAAUUUACCUGAUUCAUAUUAUGACUUAAUCAACAAAAUUUUGAGUGAUAACCUCGACAUGGCUGACGAUAGAAUUGACUUAAAAUAUUACACACUUAAAGCUUAUGUCAGUUUAGAUAAGGAGAAAGAAUAUUUGGAAAAUCAAGAUGAAAGGUUGCUCGAAAUAUUUACCAACACUACUGAAGCGAAUGUUCACAUUUCCUACAUAGUAGAGGAAGUUUUGAAAAAAGCACUUAUACAAUCAAAAAUUCCAAUCAGUACACUAAAAUCAAAUCAACCACAAAUUCUUCAAUUAUUUUCAAAAAGUUCAUCAAUCACUGUUCAAAGGCUAUGUGUGUUUUUCUUAUCUCAAAUAUAUGAAAAUGAGAAAGAUGAUUUUAUUGUUGAGUAUCAAUUAUCGAAAGAUGAAAAUAAGAAAGCUCAGUUACCAUCAGAACUUUUGCAAAUUAUAGCUGAAUUUAAAAUUGAGGAAAAUCAUCAACUUUCAAGGUACAUGCUUUCGUGGUUAUUAAUAUCAAGUUUCUUCAAAGACAUUACUAUAUCUAUUCGUAAUAGUUACUUGAAUCAAAUAUUGGAACACAAAGACCUUCAAAAUUUGCUUUACUUGAUAUUCGAGCAUAUUGAUAUAAAUAACAAAUUUAUGUUGCCUUUACCAACUCAAGAUUUUUCGCAUUAUGAUAUCAUCCGAACGGAUUAUCACGACUUAGAUUAUAAUUUAAAGUUAAUUGGAUUGAACAUAUACUAUAAUUUUUUAAGAUAUAGUGGAUUUCAAGUUCAAAUGUGGUUUCAAGAAAUAAGGGAUAGACAAUUACAAAUGAAGGUUGAAAAACUUACAACGCAAUAUUUAUCACCACCAAUUAUAAAUGAAAUUCUUCAACUGGUAGAUGAUGAGAAAGAUAAAUUACAAGGUAAGGAAGAUAAUUUAACUAUCAAAGUUAAUUUUGUAUCAAAUGAAAUUAAAACUACGUACAUUGUUGAUGAACAAAAAUUGGAAAUGGUUAUAAAAAUUCCUGUGCUUUACCCAUUGGAAAAUGUUAUACUUGAUGGACCUUCCAGAGUAGGUGUAAAAGAAAAUAGAUGGAAAGCUUGGAUACUAGCAUCUCAAAAGAUAUUAACUUUACAAAAUGGAUCCAUAAUUGAUUCAAUUGAACUAUUUUGUAAAAACAUUAAUUUACAUUUUUCAGGAUUUGAGGAUUGUGCAAUUUGUUAUUCAAUUUUACACCAAGACUUAUCAUUACCUUCAAAGACAUGUCAAACUUGUAAUAAUAAAUUCCACGCUGCUUGUUUAUACAAAUGGUUCAAGAGUUCAGGAAAUUCCACUUGUCCAUUAUGUCGUUCGGCAUUUAAUUUCAAAUAUAGAGGCUAG